AUGAUUUGGAAUUCCGUGGCAGGCAAAUCCGAUACCACAUCGCCAGCUGCAUCUCGAAAUGCACACAGGACGGGGUUCCCCAUUCAAAAGUAUUGCGACCGAGACGUUUCACAGAAUACAGAGGAUAACCCCUUCUCAGGCUCCAUACGCUCAGUCGGACGAGCGUUGCAUACGCCGUCAAGCAGCUCGGCAGGUUGGACGUGGGAACCCGGACAGAAUGCAUUGAACGCCCAUAAGCCUCCAACGGCAGGUACGAUCCCUCCGGUGGCACUGGCAAACAUCGCGAACAUUGAAGUUGCCGAAUUCAACCCCUACCUAACUCGGGUUGGCACACUACUCGAAGAAUUGCGAAGAAGAAGGGAGGAGGCGGCAGAUAUUCUCCACAGAAGGAGUGGUGAAACGGAGGAAUUUGGCGCCAGCUCCCACAACGGCUACCUGCGGCCGGAACAGCAGUCAUCAACGUCAAGGGAAUACUCUACCUCGUCCGUCUUUACAUUAUCGCAGGUAGGAACAUCUGCAUCGGCCAGAAGACCCAGUUCAGGUGGCGGAAGCAGAGCUGCGCAACGGUCGUCGCGGUUGUCAACAAUACCGCCCGUUUAUUUCGAAGACAACUUCCACUUGGAGAAUCCUCGAACUUUUGACGUGGUCAGUGAAAGGUCAGAGGUUGUCCGACCGCUGCGCUCGAAAUUAGAUACAACGGCUGCUGCGGACGGCAAUGCAGGACCACCACGAAAAGCCCUCGCAACAAAUGCGGUAUUACAAGAAAAGAUAUCCUGGUAUAUGGAUACAAUCGAGCUGGGCCUCGCGGCUUUUAUUUCAGAAGCUUCCAUAACCUUUUUUACCGCGCUGAGUUCGCUACUGGAGCUCCAUGCAGAAACCAUUGACUCCGUGGAGAGAAUGAAAGGUCUUAGGAAAGAGCUCCAGACUCUGGAUGAGACGUUCGCAAGCGCUGGGCUAGACAUCAUCCGGAAGCGCCAACGGCGGCAGAAUAUCCAACAACUACACGACGCAGUGCUGCAGCUAGAACAUAUUAUUGAGGGCACUGCUACCUGCGAAUCCUUCGUUGGUAAUGGAGAAGUCGAGAAGGCUUUGGAGAGCAUUGAAGCUCUCGAGAGGCUCAUUGCUGGCAAGCCAGAUCCUUCAAAUUCAUCAAUAAGGAUACACGGCCGAGACCUCCAGCUAAGGGAUCUCAGAGAUUUAACAGCGCUACAAGGCUUCAGUGACAGUGUGACAACUCUACGAUUCCGAACCGGCAGAGUUUACGAAACAAGAUUUCUUGACCUUCUUCUAGGCGACCUUCGGUGCCAUUCUGACGGUUUCUCUGCGCACGAGGUACUCACACGUUGGAGCACUGCUGCAGCAAGGUCUCGAGGUGGUCAUGUACCGGACUCUUCGCUUUUUCCAUCCAACAUGAACUCGACCAGCGACCUUCGGUCCACGCUCCUAGCGAUCUUGACAGGCUUGCACCGAGCAAAGCACCUCACUGCUGCUGCCGCUGCAUAUAGAGAGGCCUCACUAAAAGCAAUCCGCAGUCUAGUUCGGCAGCCUUUGCCUAGUUCAAAUGAUGACGAUGAUGAUUCAGCGAUGUCUUCAUCCACGACAGGAAGCAGACAGUUGUCCCGGCAACAGAAAUCAUCUAUCCUUGCUCGUAACCUGCGAGGUCUUCAGCCACAAGAUGCUGAAGAAAUACUAGUCAAGAUAUAUAUCAGUGUCAUCGAGAUGCUCAGAAGAUUAAAAACGCAAGUCAAGCUGCUGCUAGAUGUUGCUACUUCGUUACGUGAUGACUAUGGUCCUUCUGGGCCAGGAUCUCUGCAGAUGGAGCCGCCCCUAGCUAGCCCUACGGCUACGAGAUCUUUCAUUACCGCAAUCGAGCUGCAGGAAAUCCACAAAGUGAUAGACCAACCCAACCUCCUAGGUGAAGCCGUGGACCUCGCGCAGGAUAACGUUGUGAAACUCCUCCUGGUUCGUUCAGAGCAGAAUGCACACCUAUCGGCAACACGGUUCCUCCGCUACUUUGCUUUAAACCUCGACUUCGCUCAUGAGUGCGAGCUUAUCUCUGGGCGAAGUGGUGCCAUCCUCAAGACAGUCGUUAAUGGGCAAAUUAAAGACUUCAUACAGCAGCAUGCCAACGCAGCAAAGCAGUGGCUUACUCGGGUCAUGGAAUCUGACAAAUGGGAUGCAAAGGAUUUCGCGGAGAAAGACACAUCCGAGCUCAAUAGGAUUCUAUCCUGCAGUGCGAGCGGACCUGCUGAAGGGCCAGAUGGUUUGCAAAUUUGGAUUCCGCAUUCAGUUGACGAUCCUGGAUCUAUUGGCCAUGAUGAAACGCAACCCAGCGGUGAUGGCAAAGCUAGGGUCAGGAAUGCGUCCAUUGACGAGGAAAUAUUUGUCCUUCCCUACUCCGCGAUUGUUUGCAUGUACGGUUUAUCCGACUUCUUGCGACUCAUGACUGGCAUCCCAUCAAUGACCUCAGAUAUCGGGGCUUCACUAGUGUCAUAUCUCCGGCUGUUUAGCUCAAGCUGCGAACAGCUCAUUCUCGGUGCAGGGGCUAGACAAUCUGCAGGCUUGAGGAACAUCACCUCAAAGCACCUGGUUCUCGCAUCGCAGGCCCUCGCAUUCGUCGCAACCAUUAUCAGCCGUGUCUGCGAGUUUGUCAGAUACUCUGCAGGAGGUGGUGCUGCGGAUCCGAGUGUUGAAGAGCUUGACCUUGUCAAACACCUCUACCGAGAGCAACAACACAAGAUUUACAACAAACUAGUGGACAUCAUGAGUGGCCUGGUCAACUCACACGUAAAAACCAUGAGGAAUAUCGACUGGGACAAUAGUCAGGCGAAUGUACAUUCCUACAUGGGUACACUGACAAAAGACACAACGUCGCUGUCCCGCAUCUUGACGAAGAAUUUACCAGAAGCAACUGUCCAUAUGGUCAUGAGACUAGUCUUUAUAAAUUAUAAAGACCGCUUGGGCCAAGUCUUUGAAGAGCUACAUCCCAAAUCCGAAUUGGGUCGGGCCAGCAUGCUACAUGACAUUGAGUAUUUUGAGUCCAAGCUCGGCAGUAUCGAUGGCUACGGCGAUACUGGAGAGUAUCUCACUUCGAUUAUAAACUCCAAACAAAGAAGCUUUGGGGCAGUGAAGGAGCAGACGGUGAACUAUGGCAUCCUGAAGCGCGUGGCAGCUGAUACCGCCCGUCGCUGGACCACCAGAUUUCCCCUCGACAGGCAGCGCCUGGACGGGGCGAGCUUCUCGCGCAGCGCGAUGCAGCUGCUGUGCAUUGCCCGUGCCCUCGUCCGUCGAUGCGUGCACGGUGGCAGAAAGGUGUUGGUGUACGAGGCGACGGGCAGCGUAGAUCGAUGGUGUGAUGAGACUGUGCAGCAUGUUGAGGAGCUAUUUCCGGGGGUGAAGGAUGCUGGUCGUCGCGCAUCGGGCAGCAUCGCGGACGCGGAGAAGAAUGUGACGAUGAAGAAUGUCGAGAUUUCUAGCCGCACACAUAAUAAGUAUAAGCAAAAGUAA